AUGAUGAGGAAAUGUAUUUUUAUUGAAAAAAUUGAAAAUAAUUGAUCAAAAGAAGUUAAUAUAUGUGAUAUUUUGCUAAAUGUAAAGUAGAGACACAUAUUCACUUUUGUUGACAGUUGACAUUUCAAUAUUAUUGUGAAUAUGUGAGGAGUGUAAUUUGUUUUGUUUACUGAAGUGGUGUGUCUAAUUUGCCAACUAAUCCAGUUAACCAAUAGAUCACUAUCAGAAUAAAGAAUGUCUGAAGAAUAUAUUAAAGAGAGAUAUGUACUAUCUCUAGAUGUUGGAACCACUACUGUUAGAUGUCAUGUGUAUGAUAAAACAUGUAAUAUAAAAGGUUCUAGCAGUAAAAAGAUUGAAUUGAUUCAUCCUCAAGUAGGAUGGAGUGAAAUGGAUCCUGAUAAAUUGGUAGACCAGUCUAAAGCUUGUAUAAAAGAGGCCAUUCAAGCUAGUGGUAUUGAAGCUAGUCAGAUAGCAAGUUUAGGAAUAGCAACACAAAGAGGAACAUUUGUAACAUGGGACAGUGAAACAGGGAAGCCCUACCAUAAUUUUAUAACUUGGCAAGAUUUAAGAGCCUCUGAUCAUGUGAAGUUAUGGAAUAAUUCUUAUACAAUGAAAGCCUUAACUUCAGGAUCCAAAUUUUUACAUCUUAUAACAGGAAAGAAAAGAUAUUUAGCUGCUAGUGUUUUGAAAUUUUUAACUAAACAGGUUACAAUGAGAUUAAUAUGGGUAUUUCAAAAUAUACCAGAGUUACGUAAAUAUGCAGCUGAAGGUAAAUUAAGGUUUGGUUGUAUUGAUACAUGGUUGCUAUGGAAACUAACUGGAGAAAAAGUACAUGCUACAGAUUAUUCUAAUGCUAGUUCUACAGGUUUAUUUGAUCCAUUCCAGAUAGAAUGGAGUGGUAUAGUUUGUAAUUUAGUUAACAUUCCAAUGUCAAUAUUCCCUGAAGUUAAAGACACAAGCGGACAUUUUGGUUUUACAAGUGAAGAGUUAGUUGGAGUUCAUAUUCCUAUUACAUGUUUGGUAGCCGAUCAACAAAGUGCCUUAUUUGGUCAUUGUUGUUUUGAAGCAGGUGAUGUUAAGGUUACUAUGGGAACUGGAACAUUUGUUGAUUUAAAUACUGGUAAAACACCUCAUGCAUCAAUAGCAGGUUUAUAUCCAGUAAUUGGUUGGAAGAUUGGAGAUGAAAUGACCUUUGUAGCUGAAGGUCAGGCAGCUGAUACUGGCAGUAUAUUAGAAUGGGCUCAAUCUAUAGGUGUACUAGAUGAUAUAAGACAAUCAUCUGAUAUAGCUCAGUCAGUACCAGACAGUGGUGGAGUAUAUUUUGUACCAGCAUUUAGUGGAAUACAGGCCCCUAUCAAUGAUGAUAAAGCUACAACUUGUAUGAUUGGUAUGAGUCCACAGACCACCAAGGCUCAUAUAGUCCGAUCUAUAUUAGAGGCUUUAGCAUUUAGAUUUAAAUUACUGUAUGAAACUAUAUUAGUCGAGACUAAAAUACCUUUAUCACAUAUAAGAGCUGAUGGUGGAGUGACACAAAAUGAUUUUUUAGUCCAGUUAAUGUCUGAUUUGGUAAAUCAGUCUGUAGAAAGAUCUAAUGAUGCUGAUAUAACAAGCCUUGGUGCUGCUUUCCUAGCUGGUCUAGCUGUUGGUGUAUGGAACAGUAAAGAAGAACUGUGUGAAUUAAGGGGAGAUAACACUAUAUAUAAUCCACAACCCACUUGGAAAGAUUACAAAUACACAUUCCAUCAGUGGGAAAAAGCUGUAUCUAGAUCACUGCAUUGGUACAAUCCAACUUAAAGGAAUGCUGAGAACUUUCUGUUGACUACUAAAACUGCUUGGACUCAGGGUUUAAUUUAAGUGGUAUCGCAUUGCAGUUUGCAAUUCUAACCCUUUUGCGAUCCAAUAUUUCCUAUGAUUGGUUUAAAUUAAAAUUCCUCACAACGAUCUGUGAAUCAGAACAAUUCAAUAUUUGAUAGAUAACUGGAACAUUUUUAAUUGCUUCUGAAUAUAAAAAAAUGUGAAUCAAAAUUUAAAUUUAAGCCCAAACUAAAAAUUGGUAUGAUAAAUUGCUAAUUGCUUGAACUUGUUUUAAGUUUUCUCAACCAUAUUAAAUAAAGAUAUCUCUAAAGAGUAAACAUUACCAGCUUCAGGAAUAUACAGAAUCAUCUUUCUCUGUAAAAUACUAUCAUGAUUCCUUAAUUGACAGUGGCAUUGGAGCCUUGCUAGAGUUAAAAACAAUAGGAAGCAAUAAUUGUUGAAUUACUGCGAUGUUGGAGGUAUGAGCAGUUAAGUACAUAGCAUUAACAGUUGUUUUUAUUCUCAAGCUUGUUACUUCAAUAAGCACUUGAUCAACCACUCAAUAUUUUAGUGUCUGCGUGAUGCCAACUUGUUGAUAUUUUCGUCAGGACGAGAUGUGCAUUACGAAGACGUGACAGAGAAUUUUUACAAGUGUAGAGAGAAUUCAAAAUGGAGUAGAAAGAAAUAGAUGGAAAAAUUUUGAAUGGCAUCUGCUCCUGUACUGUUAAAUUGAGGCCAAAAUUGAAACCAACAGAACCUGUUCAGAAUUCUCCAAUGCCACCCUGAUGUACCUGAGGUUAAGAAAGACUUUUGUUAUUUACAUUAAAUAUGCAGAAAUGUCCUGAAAGGAUUUCAUUAAAAAAUUUCGAAAUGAAAAUAAUAUAUUAUGUAAAUUGUUUUAUGCAAAAAUGAAAUGUAACUGGAUAUGAAAUGUUUUUCUUUGUUAUUACCAGUAUAUUUUUCUACAAGAUAUAAAUAUUAUUAUUAUUAUUAUUAUUAUUAGUUAGAAGUAUAGAAAUGAUUUUUAUAAUAAAAGUUUCGCUAUCUU